UGUAUUUAUUUUUACAGGUUAAGUUUUAUCAACAUAGUCAUAGCAAGUUUGUGAGAUCACCGUUUUAUAACUUUAUUCCUUUGUGAAACUUCAUUUUGUUAUUGUUCAUUAUAUUCUUAAUUCUAUUUAUUCUCUAUUAUAUAUUUAUAGCGAUGGAAUCCUGGACAUCAAGUUACUGGCAAGAAAAUUCUAAAGUAUGUAUGGACGAGUUUAAAAAGGAUGAUAGCUGGGAAAAGGUACCAUUAAUAAAUACUACUCCACAUCAUCUGCUGAAAGAUGGCCAACUGGUUCGUUUCCGGGGAAUGAUACAGGACAUGUACAAUCCAGUUUAUUAUCUGGCCACUUAUGAAGUAUUGGAUACUACAACUAACCAGAAAAUUGUGAGAUCAGGGAAAUACAAGGAUUCUUUGCAGUGUGCUGAGCAUGAAAAAGUCCUGUUUGAAUCCGACCUGACAGUGAACCAGGAGAGAAGGCCAGUUUAUUGCAUAUCUGUCCCUGCUGUCAACGAUUGGGCUAAAUGCAAAAAGACUGAUCCCAGGCCUGACCAAAUACAAGGUCCACGUUGUGCUGCUGGCGGCGUCAAAAGAAAUGUCGAAGACACCAAUGACACUCCCGAUGAAAGUCCAAAGGUUGGCAGCAAUGAAGAGCAAUCUAAGAGGCUAUGUUCUUCCAGAAGUGAAACUGCAGUAGUUGGCGGAACUGGAAUGGCAAUGGAUACCAGCAGUGUUGAGCAAACAAUGGAUUUGAACUUGCCGAUUCCAGACAGCCAGGCCGAAGCCUGUUUGAUCAAUUUCUAUGACGUGGAGGAAGGCCAGCUGCAGAUCAACGCUGUGAUAGAAGUGGCGGGAUUUCUCAGCUACGACGUAGCUCUGGUCACCUCGGCGGUGGAUGGGUUAGAUGAGCCUCUCCCUCCUCCCUCCCUGGUGCCUAGGCUGCAUGCCGUGGCACAGAGACCUGUACACUUCAGUAACCCUUUGUUAACAUCACAGAUUACAGUGGAUGAAGUGGUCGCGAAUGUGCCCAGACUGAGGGAUGAGCUGAAGCUGGUUUUGACGCAGUUGCUGCUGGGAGACGCUCUUGCCGCAGACUACCUUAUCUGUCAUCUCAUAUCUCGCAUAUAUCUGCGGCAGGACAUGCUUGUGCUGGGCAAAUUCUCGCUGAACCUGUCCAACAUUCCUGAUCGUAGCACUGCAGCUGAUUACACCUUUCGGCUCUACCAGCUGCUACAGACUUUGCUAUCAAAGAGCCACUAUCUGCCCAUUACUUUGGACAAUAUGAACAACAUCAACAUGAUUCCCAAGAAGAAUUAUGAGACCAACAGACUGGAGAGUGGAUUGCUGCAGCUAAGUGACAAGACACAUCUGGUGAUAGACGAGACUAUGCUGGAGCCUGGACAACUCAACGAUAGAGGAGUCCGGAACUGCCGAGCUCUCGGUUCCGUCAUAAGUAACCAAAGGUUAGAGUACGACUUUCAGUUUUACCCUGUAGAGUUCAACACCGACAUACCUGUACUCAUUCUCUCCGAGGGGAAAUCUAUGUUACCGAGUGACUGCCACUUGCCUCUAGAGGUGGAUGCUGCGUGCCUGGCCACAGUAAGAGAGACAUUCGCUGCGGCCACCCACUACCUGCGGGAGCCGCUGCUGUCUCAGCUGCGAGUGUACUUGUCGCUGGUGUCUACAGCUGACUACGACCUCACCCCCGAAGUUCAGCAGAUUGUCCAGGAAGACUUUGUGAAGAUGAGGCAGGAGCAAGCAAAGACCUCAGCCCAGGACCUUCACUCUCUGCUAGUUCUAGCUAAGCUCUUGUCUCUCAGCCAAGGGGCUCGGUGUCUCACUAAGGAAUGCUGGGAAAUGGCUCGACAGAUGGAGUCAAAGCGCAAAGCAAGAAUUCGUUAAAAUCUGUCAUAAACUGUCUUGAUCCAUAUUGUGUUUAACACAUUUUUUUAAGAUCUGUAAAUAAAGUUUCUUUUUAUUA